GGAUUUUGAAUAACCAAUCAGGAAUUGCCAUGCCAUCAAGCAUGCCCAUCCUUUCUGCCUUGGCGGCACCUGCGGCAAGGUUCUUGGCCAUCACAUGCCUUCUUUGCCUGUCCUCCUCCAUGGCACUUGCGUCCCUUGAUGCACGAAAUCCACCCUCUCGUCCCACUUCGUCGUUGACUGUGAACGACGCAUUAUCCUGUGCUUCGACAUUGGACUCGUCCAAGCUGAACGACAACUAUUGCGAUUGCACAGACGGUUCCGAUGACGAAUGGCUCACAGGGGCAUGUGGUGUGGGCGAUUUCACGUGCACAUUGUCGCAAGUUCGAAUCUCGUCGUCGUGGGUAUUCGACGGAGUGUGUGAUUGCUGCGACGGGUCUGACGAAGCGCCGACGACGUGUGUGAACCGAUGUGCGACUGUGGCCGCAACCUCCGAGGCGCGACUGAGAGCCGUGCUGCAGGACGCAGUCAAAGGUCUACAAGCCAAGGAAUCGUACGUUGAUCAUGGCGCAGCGUCGUCGAGAGUUAGCUCGUGGAAGGCUUCGCUGGCGGAAGCGGUAGAUCACUGGGAGGAUGCUGUGGAAGCGGCAGAAGACCAGUUGGACGCCUUGACCCACCGUUUCGAUUCUAAUCCGAGCUUGACCCCCACGGAUCAAGACCAUCGACUGUACCAGCAACUCCACGGCCACGUUGAGCACGCCAAGUCGCAAUUGCACGUGUAUACCACACUGGCGACAGCGUCGUUUGGAGCUGACGACGAGUUUGCAACCUUGUUGGGCCAUUGUUUUGACUUUGAAGUGAACGAAAAGGAGCUCAAGGGCGGCACGUCCAACACGAUUGCCAGGACGUACGUGAUGGUGUAUUGCCCGUUUGUGAAUGUCACGCAAACCGAGCCAGGGUACCACGCUUGGCGGCUGGCGCAGAAACAAGCGCAGGUCGGGGACAAGUACACCGUUCAAGACGACGCCAAAGUGCCAGACAUCCAACGGCCCAUCCUGCUUGGCCUGUGGCACACAUGGCUACCACAACCAAAAGAUGACAACGUGGCCAUUCUGUUCCCUGCACCAUUGUACGUCCAAGGUGUUCCGCACGAAGCUGAAACCCGCGUGACCUCGGAUAUGCGUCCGCCACACCAACUAUAUGGCCAAGGCGAAGUUUGCGGUGGACGCGACGACCCCCGCCGGCGAUCGCGCCGCGUGACCGUAGAAAUGCACUGCGCAUCCCACAACCACAUCAAGUUCGUGGAAGAGCGAGCCUGGUGCGACUACGUGCUCGGGUUUGGCACGCCCGCAGCCUGCACGGACGCAUACAUCGCGCACCUCGAGAACGCCUUCAAAUCGGCCGCGCCUCAUGACGAGCUAUAAUAUAUAAUACACCAGUACUUCGAAGUGUGAUA